AAAUGGCACAAAUUCCUUGAGGUUUUCUGGUAAUGUCUAUGUUCAUUGAAUCCAGCACCCUUCAUUGGCUGAGAGGUGCAUCCCUGCCAAUGGGUUCUGUAGACUCCUUCUAGUUUGAGUUGUGCUCCUGAAGUUAAUUUUAAGAAGCAUCCUGUGGUCAGAUAAUUUUCUUCUUCUAGUCUCAACUCCUGUCACCUGGCAUUUCUCACAACUGCAGACUGUUCCUAUCAAGUCAGGUUCAAGAGGGGAAAUAGAGGGAUAAUGGCAAAGUCUAAGCCAUCAUUUUGUUACCUGGAGGAAUUUGUGAAAAACAUCUCUUUUCCAUCCUAAGAAUUCUCAUACUCAUGGAAUGAUGUUGCUACUUGUAUUUCCUGAGUAGUUUUGUACAAACUCUCUGGCUUUCCACACAGGUUUGCAGUCUGCUCAAUAUUUGCAACAUGUAUCACAUGGUUCCCAAGCUCAAAGUUUUUCCCCGGGGGUUCCAACCCGCUUCUGAAGCAUUUGGAUACGAGAUCCUGAACACCAAAUCCUGCCUGUUUCUGUGUUUUCAAUGAAGCCAAAGCUCUCAUUCUGAUUUUUCAUCCUCCACCAAUGGCCAUGGGUUUCGUCCUUUGUGCAACACCAUUGAUUUAUUCCGUGUGGAGGUUGUAGUUUCAAUCACGUGUCUAGUCUCGGCGGUAUCAUCUCAUGUAAACUAUCAACAGCCUGUGUACCUGAUGGGGGUAUUGGCCUAAUUUAUGAGCAAAGCACACAAGCUUCCCUAUCCAUUAUCUCCAGAAAAGUCCUCCCUGGUGAGCAAGAUCCCACUGGGGCCGCCAUUUCCUCAAGCAGGGAGAUUCAAACACAGUUUUCAUCUCCUCUCCCGGAGGCGAUCUUCCGGACUUCUCUUCUGGGCGAGGCGGUUGGAUUGUUAGGAGCCUUUACUCAUGAAAUCAUCUUGUAGGAAGAGCCAGAAACUCUGUGGUGUUCCUGACUCUCUCUGACUAUUUUAUAGUGAAAUCGACCAUGAAGAAUUUGUCCUUCAACCUUUUCAGGUCAGUAAGUGCCUUUUCACACUGGACCAUCCUCUUUCCUGUUUCCCGUUCUUCCUGAGGUGCAGAGAAUCGAAGGCUUUCUGAGGAUCACAACAAUUCAUGACUGAAAAUGUCACACAGGUCUUUUGUGUCUGUUGUGUGCCACGCCCCUCAGCAAGUGAGCUCCGUGGACACUAUAACCCAUUCGGUCCUCACAGAGCCACUCUCAAUAGCUCCCACUCUGGAGGCCAGUCACCGAGGGCCUUUGAGGACAAACUGGAGUUUCCAAAGGCCAGAGCUGCAAGCUUCACAGACACAGCUGCAGCCAGGCACCCAGGUGACCAGUUAUCUGCUGCUGCAGCUGGACCAGUUGGACUGUGGUGAUGGCAAAGCCAGGCUUGGCCUUUGCUCCACCACCUGGAGCUUUAGAGCCCACGAUCCCUUCAGAAAUCAGUGGCCGCUCUUCCAAGGACUGGGUUUCGAUGCUUCCCUCAGAGGAAAGAAACCUCCCAAGCUGGAGGGUGAUGCUCUUGAGGGCUCAGCUGCCUUAAGUGCCCAGAAACAGAAGAUUAUCAAAAGAAAACUGCUCUUCAACAAGUGGAGGAUAACAUGCAAUUUCCCCAGCCUUCAGCUGAGGGUACUGAGAUACCAAGAUCUCUGGAACUAAGGAAAGAUAUUAUUGAUUUGAAAGAAACCGCAUCACAAAAAGUACCAUUUUCACUUGAUGAAAAAAAUCUGAAACAGCAAAUCAAUUUAAAACCCAAACAGAACAGUGAAGGGAUCCUAUGCUGAAGAUCAACAUCACAACCACAAAGCACUCUCCAAGGUUUUUACUGCAAAGCCUGCUUUGAUGGGAAAAAUGCCAGCCCUUCGGCCUCCAACUGCGCUAAGUCACUGAGGAGACCACCGCCUAGACCCACACACGGUUAUGAGAGACCUUAACCCUUGCUGCUCUCAGUUCCCGUCCUGCACAUCAGCAGAAUCAGGAGCAACUGGCAAAAGACAACAUGACAGACCGGGCGUUCUGUGCCACCAGCUGGGCUGUGCGAGGAACAGACAGCACUAACUAUGCAGUGCUAUGGUGACAACGUUUAGCCUGAAUUCAGUCAUGAGGUAGUCCUGAGACAAGUGCAGAA